UUGUAGGACUGUUUUAAUGACCAGCCCCACAGUCCCCACAUCACUCCUGGAAUACAGCGGCAGGGCGGCCAGCUUGCUGAGGAGAGAAGAUGCUGGCUGUGAGGGACCGAGGCUGGCCCCGCACUUAGGCAUCCAGCCAGUGCUGCCCUACUAGCCAGGGCGGCCCGUCCCUGGAGGCCCUCCUCUGGCCUUUGGUUGCCGAUCUCAGCUCCAGGCUAUGGGAAAACUGGACUGCCACAGAACCACCAUGGAUCCUGACAGUGACCAUCCCCUGAACAACCGUGGUGCCAUCCCGCCAUGCAAGCCCCGGACCCCAAAGGAGACCUUCAAAAAGGUGGGGAUCCCCAUCAUCGCAGUACUGCUGAGCCUGAUGGUCAUCGUCAUUGUGGCUGUCCUCAUCAAGGUGAUCCUCGAUAAAUACUACUUCAUGUGCCAGCACUCUCUGCACCUCAUCCCGAGGGAGCAGGUAUGUGACGGCCACCCCGACUGUGCCUCAGCAGAGGAUGAAGAACCCUGUGUCAAGGGCUUCCCUGAGCAGCCUGCUGUGACAGUCCGCCUCUCCAAGGACCGAUCCACCCUGCAGGUGCUGAACCCAGCCACAGGGAACUGGGCCUCUGCCUGUUAUGACAGCUUCACAGAAGCUCUGGCCAAGACCGCCUGUAGACAGAUGGGCUAUGACAGCCAGCCCACUUUCCAAGCUGUGAAGAAUAGCUGGGACCAGGAUCUGGAUGUCGUUGAAGUCACAGAAAACAGCCAAGAGCUUCAGGUGCAGAACUCAAGCGGACCCUGUGUCUCAGGUUCCCUGGUUUCCCUGCACUGCCUUGCCUGUGGGCAUAGCGCCAAGACUCCUCGUGUGGUGGGCGGGGAGGAGGCAUCUGUGGAUUCUUGGCCUUGGCAAGUGAGUAUCCAGUACAACAAGCAGCACGUCUGUGGGGGGAGCAUCCUGGACCCCUACUGGAUCCUCACAGCAGCCCACUGCUUCAGGAAGUAUCUCAGUUUGUACAACUGGAAGGUGAGGGCUGGCUUUGACAAACUGGACAACUUCCAAGCCCUGCCUGUGGCCAAGAUCUUCAUCCUUGAGCAAAACAACUCGUACCCCAAAGAGAAGGACAUCGCCCUCGUGAGGCUGCAGCUCCCGCUUACAUUCUCAGGCAAAGUCAGGCCCAUCUGCCUGCCCUUCUUUGAUGAGGAGCUUGCUCCAGCCACCCCACUCUGGGUUGUCGGAUGGGGCUCUACAGAGCAGAAUGGAGGGGAGAUGUCUGACACCUUGCUGCAGGCUUCCGUACAGGUCAUUGACAGCACCCGGUGCAAUGCGGAGGAUGCAUACCAGGGAGAAGUCACUGAGACGAUGCUGUGUGCAGGCGUACCGGGCGGUGGUGUGGACAGCUGCCAGGGUGACAGCGGAGGGCCCCUGAUGUACCACUCUGAGAAGUGGCAGGUGGUAGGCAUUGUGAGCUGGGGCCAUGGCUGUGGGGGCCCAACUACCCCAGGAGUAUACACCAAGGUUACAUCCUAUCUCAACUGGAUCUACAGUGUGCGGAAGUCUGAGACGUAAUGUUGCUGUCCCUCUGCAGUGCUGAGCUGCUUCCCCUUCCCCUCCCUACGUGGAAAUCCCCCAGAAAUCAGACUCAGAGAAAGAGCUUUCUUGGGCACAGCUGUCUGCCUGCAGUCUCAGGAUUUCUUGGACCAACAAAGGGCCUCUGUUCCUGAAAAAUGCCCCACACCCCAAAGGUACCCAGAAAGAAGUCAGCUUCCUUCACUCAGCCACCCCCAGGAGUGACACAGUGCACUGAACAGAACCAGCCUGUGGACCAGGCGUCGGAGGCAUUGCAGAACUGAGAAGGAACCUCUCUCUACCAACUGGAAGUGGGUCUUUCAUGAGAAUGGGAACUGAGGACUGCGUGGAGGAGGGAAAGGUCUGACCAGCCCUCUCCUCCAUCCAUCCCCAAGCCCACUGGAGCAAGGAACCGGAUGUAAUGUAAAAUGCAUUGUCCUACUGUUGACAUGACUACUGCUAGCUAUCACUGUUACUGUUGAUACCUGUAUGGCUGCUAUCAUUAAACAGGUGUGUGAAAUCUU